GAUUAGACCAAGUCCACGGCAGUCAGUUCUCGCCUGCUAACUAGUUAGAUUUCGUCAUCGCAAGGAACAGCAUGGGCCUGAAAUUCCAAAAUAUCCUGGUUCUGGCUGGCAUUGUGAUAGGAUUCCUAUCCGUCAUAGUUGUCCUGGCCGGCACGCUGCUGAAGAACUCCGUACCCAAUGUCUUGGCACCAGAGGAGCGGCACUUUGCAUUUGACUAUGUGAUUGUGGGUGGUGGAACUGGAGGCAGCACACUUACCUCGCUACUGGCCAAGAACAGCAAUGGGAGUGUUCUCCUCAUCGAGGCAGGUGGUCAGUUUGGCCUCCUGAGUCGGAUUCCCUUGCUGACCACCUUUCAGCAAAAGGGCAUUAAUGACUGGUCCUUCCUUUCUGUGCCACAGAAACACUCCUCCAGGGGUCUCAUCGAGCGGAGACAGUGCCUCCCGAGGGGCAAAGGACUGGGUGGAUCCGCCAAUCUAAACUACAUGCUGCACUUUGAUGGUCACGGACCGGAUUUUGAUUCCUGGCGGGAUCUCCAUAAUCUUAGUGAUUGGAGCUGGGCCCAAAUGAGAUCCUUCAUGUCCGCCGCCAAGCCCAAGAACCCAGACAUGCUCGAAAUUCCCCGUCGCUACUCCAAAUUAACUGAAGCGUUGGACGAAGCGCAGGCGCAGUUCGCCCACAAGGAUUGGAUCUUUAGACGCUCAUUGUAUAAUAUUAGAAAUGGUCUGCGUCAUUCGGUGGUACAGCAGUUCCUUAACCCGGUCAUACAUCACUCCAAUCUGCGGCUGCUGCCCGAUGCUUUGGUGAAACGGAUUCAACUUGCCACUAGUCCGUUCCUCCAGGCCACCUCGAUUCUCGUGGGGAUUAAGGACGAGGAGAACAGGGAGAAAGAAUUUAGCAUCGAGGUGAGAAGAGAGUUAAUCCUCUGCGCUGGCGCUUACCAAACUCCACAGCUCCUGAUGGCAUCUGGAAUUGGCGACGUUUCUGCCCUGAAGAAACUGGGUAUUCCCGUUCAGCAUAGCUUACCUUUGGUGGGCCACAACCUGCACGACCACUUUAAUCUUCCACUUUUCGUAUCGAUGGGAGUCACUGGACCCACACUCAACCAAAACACUCUCUUGAAUCCCAUGACCUUGAUCAACUACCUGAGCUCUGGUUCGGGACCCUUGGGAAACUUUGGAGUGCUGGGAAAUGUGGCCAGCUAUGGAGGAUCGGGAUCCCCGCCCUAUGGCAUCACCUUCUUUGGAGCAGGCGCUAUCGACGAGUCUGCUCUGAUGUCCAUAUCAAAUUUCAAGGGUCCAGCAUUCCGGGCGCUCUUUCCACGCUAUUACAAUGCCUCGCAGGAGGGAUUUGUGGUCAUCUCCAGCUGCCUGCAGCCAAAGUCUCGUGGAUUUGUGGGACUGCUUAAUCGGCAUAUGCGAAGAAAUCCCCUGAUAGAUCCAAACUAUCUCAGCAACGAAUUGGACGUGGACUGUACCAUUUCCGCCAUUCGAAGUGCAGUCGAGCUGGUCAACUCGACUGCCUUUGCUGCACUACAUCCCCGCAUCCAUUGGCCGCGCGUGCAGGAGUGCUCAAACUUCGGCCCCUUCGAGCGGGAUUUCUUCGACAACCGUCCAUCGGAUCACUACUUGGAGUGUCUGAUGCGGCACGUUGGCUUGGGAUCCCAUCAUCCGGGUGGAACAUGCGCCCUCGGCAGCGUCGUGGACUCCCAGUUGAGAUUAAAAGGGGUAUCCAAUGUGCGGGUGGUGGAUGCUAGUGUACUACCCCGUCCGAUCUCGGGAAACCCCAACUCGGUGGUGGUGGCCAUCGCAUUGAGAGCCGCCUCUUGGAUUCUGAAGAGCGAACUGCAGGCCGGUGAUUCGAAAUGAAUGAAUUUCUCUGCGAGAUUGAUGUAAAUGCGUUCAAGUUGAGGGACAACCGCACUGAACAAAACCAGGAGUUAACAAUUAAAUGUAUCACAAUAGCUAAGUACUUUU